UGACUAUAUUGUUUGCCCUAGAAUCAGGAUUUAUUAAAGAACAUUAAGCUUACUUUUUCUAAAUCAGGUAAGCAUAAUAAUAUCUGUGUCUGAAGAUAAACUGAAUUCUGUGUUCAGAGGGUGUUUAAAGUGCAUGCAUUUUGACUCUAACUAUCAUCAUAUAUUUUGGUCAUGACAAAAUUGAGGGGCAACCCUUUUGUUCCCCAAGGGGGUGUGUUCACUUUUGACCAAUAUCUGUGGUUUCAUUUACAGAUUCCCACUGGAAAUUCGUUGUAUGAAUCUUAUUACAAGCAGGUGGAUCCGGCAUACACAGGGAGGGUGGGGGCGAGCGAAGCUGCGCUUUUUCUAAAGAAGUCUGGCCUCUCGGACAUUGUCCUUGGGAAGAUAUGGGACUUGGCCGACCCAGAAGGUAAAGGGUUCUUGGACAAACAGGGUUUCUAUGUUGCACUGAGACUGGUGGCCUGUGCACAGAGUGGCCAUGAAGUUACCUUGAGCAAUCUGAAUUUGAGCAUGCCACCGCCUAAAUUUCACGACACCAGCAGCCCUCUGAUGGUCACACCACCCUCUGCAGAGGCCCACUGGGCUGUGAGGGUGGAAGAAAAGGCCAAAUUUGAUGGGAUUUUUGAAAGCCUCUUGCCCAUCAAUGGUUUGCUCUCUGGAGACAAAGUCAAGCCAGUCCUCAUGAACUCAAAGCUGCCUCUUGAUGUCCUGGGCAGGGUCUGGGACCUCAGUGACAUUGACAAGGAUGGGCACUUGGACCGAGACGAGUUCGCUGUGGCCAUGCACUUGGUGUACCGAGCCCUGGAGAAGGAGCCUGUGCCCUCUGCCCUGCCCCCGUCCCUCAUCCCACCCUCCAAGAGAAAGAAGACUGUGUUCCCUGGCGCCGUCCCCGUCCUGCCUGCCAGCCCCCCACCAAAAGACAGUCUCCGCUCCACGCCGUCCCAUGGCAGCGUCAGCAGCCUCAACAGCACAGGGAGCCUGUCCCCCAAGCACAGCCUCAAGCAAACACAGCCAACAGUGAACUGGGUGGUGCCUGUGGCAGACAAGAUGCGAUUUGAUGAGAUAUUCCUGAAGACCGACCUGGACCUGGACGGCUACGUGAGUGGCCAGGAGGUGAAGGAGAUCUUCAUGCACUCGGGCCUCACCCAGAACCUUCUAGCACACAUAUGGGCCCUGGCCGAUACGAGGCAAACGGGGAAGUUAAGCAAAGACCAAUUCGCGUUAGCUAUGUAUUUCAUUCAGCAGAAGGUCAGUAAAGGCAUCGACCCCCCUCAAGUCCUCUCGCCGGACAUGGUCCCGCCUUCGGAGAGAGGCACGCCCGGCCCGGACAGUUCAGGCUCUCUCGGCUCCGGGGAGUUUACUGGCGUGAAGGAGCUUGAUGACAUCAGUCAAGAGAUCGCCCAGUUACAAAGAGAGAAAUAUUCACUGGAACAAGACAUUCGAGAAAAGGAAGAGGCAAUCAGACAGAAAACCAGCGAGGUGCAGGAAUUACAAAAUGACCUAGACCGGGAAACAAGCAGUUUGCAGGAGCUCGAGGCUCAGAAACAGGAUGCUCAAGACCGCCUGGAUGAGAUGGACCAGCAGAAGGCCAAGCUCCGAGACAUGCUGAGCGAUGUCCGGCAGAAGUGCCAGGAUGAGACUCAGAUGAUCUCAUCAUUGAAAACGCAAAUCCAAUCUCAGGAAUCUGACUUAAAAUCCCAGGAAGAUGAUCUGAACCGAGCCAAGUCGGAGCUGAACCGAUUGCAGCAGGAGGAAACCCAGCUGGAGCAGAGCAUUCAGGCUGGGCGGGUCCAGCUGGAAACCAUCAUCAAGUCCUUGAAGUCAACACAAGACGAAAUCAACCAGGCAAGGAGCAAACUUUCCCAGCUGCAUGAAAGUCGCCAGGAGGCCCACAGGAGCCUGGAGCAGUAUGACCAGGUGCUUGAUGGAGCCCAUGGUGCCAGCCUGACCGACCUGGCCAACCUGAGCGAAGGCGUCUCCCUGGCAGAGAGGGGCGGUUUUGGAGCCAUGGAUGAUCCUUUCAAAAAUAAAGCCUUGUUAUUUAGCAACAACACGCAAGAGUUGCAUCCGGAUCCUUUCCAGACAGAAGACCCCUUCAAAUCUGACCCAUUUAAAGGAGCUGACCCCUUCAAAGAGAGCCAAGGCAUCGAGACGGUGGGAAGCGUUCCAAGCUCACCACAAGACCCACAUUUGAAGGCAGCUUGGCCAGGCCUCUUCAAUUCUUCAGUACUUCAGUUUCCUAAUCCCUCAGCAGGCGACCCGUUCCAGAAUGACCCCUUUGCAGAACAGCAGACAACUUCAACAGAUCCAUUUGGAGGGGACCCUUUCAAAGAAAGUGACCCAUUCCGUGGCUCUGCCACUGACGACUUCUUCAAGAAACAGACAAAGAAUGACCCAUUUACCUCGGACCCAUUCACGAAAAACCCUUCCUUACCUUCGAAGCUCGACCCCUUUGAAUCCAGUGAUCCCUUUUCAUCCUCCAGUGUCUCCUCAAAAGGAUCAGAUCCCUUUGGAACCUUAGAUCCCUUCGGAAGUGGGUCCUUCAAUAGUGCUGAAGGCUUUGCCGACUUCAGCCAGAUGUCCAAGCCCCCACCUUCUGGCCCUUUCACCUCCUCCUUGGGAGGGGCAGGAUUCUCAGAUGACCCCUUUAAAAGUAAACAGGACACUCCUGCUCUGCCUCCGAAGAAACCUGCUCCUCCACGGCCUAAACCGCCCAGCGAAGCAAUGGCUGAACAGGAAAAUUCUGCAUUGUACACGCUGCUGGGUGGUAAAAGUACACCUGUAAGCCAGCUUGGUUCCGCAGACUUUCCCGAGGCCCCCGAUCCAUUCCAGCCACUCGGGGCUGACAGCGGCGACCCGUUCCAAAGUAAAAAGGGGUUUGGGGACCCGUUUAGUGGAAAAGACCCAUUUGUCCCCUCCUCUGCAGCUAAACCUUCUAAGGCCUCUGCCUCGGGCUUUGCAGACUUCACCUCUUUUGGCAAUGAGGAGCAGCAGCUGGCGUGGGCCAAGCGGGAGAGCGAGAAGGCGGAACAGGAGAGGCUGGCGCGGCUGCGGCGGCAGGAGCAGGAGGACCUGGAACUGGCCAUCGCGCUCAGCAAGGCUGACAUGCCUGCCGCCUAGGCGAGGGCCGUGUGUAGGCGGGACAGGGCACGGGCGGGUUCCAGAGAGGGGGCAGUGCAGAUGUCUGUAUAUACACACACACCGUCGCCACCGUACUCCAAGGACCGGGACUCGGGGGCUCGUUCAGGGUGAGCAGACUAGGCUGCAAGACCUGGAAAGGUCACAUCUCCUGGGGAAGCCCUUACAGAGGCCUUGGCCACCACUUCUGCAGGUCCGUCUCUCCACUGUGCCAUCCCCCCGGGGCUGACUGCCUCCCGCUCUUCCUCUGGGAACGAACACACAGCGGUCAGUCGAGGAGAGGAAGCAACCAGGGCUUUCCCGCCUCCUCCCUACUCGUAGCUGCAGACAUCCCCGCCCGCCCUCCCACGCAUCAGUCAGACACUCCCCCAAUGGUGUAUGCACUCGUUGUAUAAAAUGAAGUUUGAAUGAUUAAUAUAAAAUAUUUUAAUACAAAA